CCAGUAAAAUUAUUACACGUAUCCUUUUAUUAAAUUAAAUUUAGCCAUAACCAAUUAUAAUCUUACAUCAAAUUUGAUUAACAAAUUUGAUAAAAAGUUCAAAAGGUUAAAUGCAUAAGAUAACUAAUAUAUAUUUAUUAUCUAUCAUUGUCCAGUGUAUAAUAUCAAGCAUAUUUAUAUCAAGUGCGCUAAAGUGGCUAAAUGCUAAGCGAGAAGUAAAUGAAUAAUUUAAAAAUGGUAGUGUUUAAUGGAUAUUUUAUAAUCUUAUUUUGUACCUUAGCCUUAGUGUAUUCAGAAAGUCCAGAGGAAGAGCAGGGUGUAAAAUACGCAAAUAAAUGCGAAGUGUGCAAAAUACUGGCUAUCGAAUUGGAAUCAAGACUGGAAGAAACAGGUAAAACGAGCGAGGUUCUCGAAACAGGAUAUUCCGUAGAUGAUGUGAAACCCAAGAAGAAAAAAGCAUAUAAAAAGUCAGAGCUCAGGCUUGUAGAAUCAUUGGAAGGUGUUUGUGAUAGAAUUUUAGAGUAUAACAUUCAUAAAGAAAGGGAAGACAGUACGAGAUUUGCAAAAGGUCAGAGCCAAACUUUCCAAACGUUACAUGGAUUGGUGGAUAAAGGUGUGAAAGUUGAGCUUGGUAUACCGUAUGAGCUGUGGGAUAAGCCCAGUGCGGAAAUUACAAAACUUAAGACUCAGUGUGAAACUUUAUUAGAAGAAAAUGAAGCUGCUAUAGAAGACUGGUACUUCAAUCAUCAAGGAAAAUUAACCUUGAAAAAAUACCUUUGUGAAGAUAGGGCACUGAAAAAUCAGGAAGCCAAAUGCUUAUAUGAACAAUUAAAGGGCGAAACUGGAGCAAGAAAGAGUCCAAAGAAGAAGCAAGAGUUGUAGUUUUUCUAUUGUUUUUUAAUAAAAAUAUGUACAAAAGUUUUAUGAGAUCAUUUUAAAAUGUUUUUCAUUAAAAUAACAAACCAGCAAUAAUUCAUCAACGAAUACAAACUUUACUAAAGGUC